AUGGAGUUUAAUUCUUUUGAAGAAUUAAUGGAUUAUUAUAAGCAAUAUGCUAAGAAAUCAGGGUUUGGGGUAAUGAUAAGAAGGACUGAUAAGGGGGAUGAUGAGACUGUCCGAUAUGUCACGCUUGGUUGUGCCCGUGGUGGGAAGGCUAGGAAUAGGACGUUGAAUGUCGCCAGACCACGUCCAACGGGAAAAACAGAAUGUAAGGCAAAGAUUAAUGCCUUAAAAGUUGAUGGAAAGUUCCGGAUGACAACAGUUCAUAAUAUUCAUAACCAUGGCCUUAGUCCAAAUAAAUCUCACUUCUUUCGAUGUAAUAGAGAAGUGAGUGACUCUGUAAAAAGAGUCCUAGAUAUAAACGAUAUGGCUGGCAUCCGAAUGAAUAAGAGUUUCGGAUCUCUCGUCGUUGGCGCUGGUGGAUUCGAGAACCUUCCAUUUUUAGAGAAGGAUUGUCGUAAUUAUAUCGACAAGGCAAGACAUCUAAGGCUUGGGAAAGGUGGUGCUGAAGCGCUUCGAGAGUAUUUUUGUAAGAUGCAGUACAAAAAUCCUGGUUUCUUUGCACUGAUUGAUUUGGAUGAUGACGGGAGUGUAUGGAUGGUAUCGCUCCGAAAGCUAUUAUCACCGAUCAGGACAGCGAUGAAAAAUGCAAUUGCUAUUGUCUUUCCUAAAAGCCGACAUCGACUUUGUUUGUGGCAUAUUCUGAAAAAAGUUCCUGAGAAGCUGUCCUCUUAUGCUUCCUACAAAAGUGGGAUGAAGAAUGCAUUGAUGAAAUGUGUGUAUGAUACACAAACUGUUGAUGAGUUUGAGAAAUGUUGGGAUCAUUUUAUCACCUCUUACAAGUUGCAUGAGAAUGCCUGGCUUUCAAGUUUAUACACUGAGCGUGAGUAUUGGGUGCCAGCAUUCUUGAAGGACUGUUUUUGGGCUGGGAUGAGUACAACGCAACGCAGCGAGAGCAUGAAUGCUUUUUUCGAUGGCUAUGUUCAUGCAAAAACAAACUUGAAAGAAUUUGUCGAUCAGUUUGAUAGUGCAUUGAAAAAAAAAGAAGUUCAGAUGCAACUUACUGGCAUUAUCGAUUUGGAUCCAGAGUUACUUAAGAGGGAUGGUGCAGUAAAGACCUAUCUGGUAGAGGACAAAGUUCGGGUUGAAGAGUUCACUAAGUCUGUUACGUUUUCUGUGGACUUUAGUGAGGAAAAUGCAGAUGCUAAGUGUUCGUGUGGUUUAUUCCAUAUGAGGGGUAUAUUGUGCAGGCACAUUCUCGCUGUAUUUAAAUGUAACGGGAUAAAAUCCCUGCCAGAGAAGUACAUUUUAGACCGAUGGAGGAAGGAUAUCAAAAGGAGAUACAUGUUAAUCGAUACCAGCUAUGACGCAGGGGAUCAACGGCCAGAUGCUUCCAGAUAUUCAAGUCUAUUAAAAAUCUGUUAUCAAAUGAUUACUCAUGCAGCGGGUUCAAAAAAACAUUCUGAGGAUGCCACACAUAAGUUACACGCCAUGAUUGAAUUAUAUACUGAGAAUCAAGAACCCCCAUUGAUUUCCCUCACUGGUUCGAAUGUUGGUUGUACUCAAAAUGACACAGGCACAGUGGGUAGCUCAAAACAAGUACUCAGUCCAUUAGUUGUCAGAGGGAAAGGCAGACCCUGA